AUGCAAAUGAUUUUCAGUGCCGCGAUUCGUCGUCUUCUAUGGAACAAUAUCAUUGCUGCCGCGAUAAUUGCCAUGGCUGUCGCUGACCACCACCGACCGCCGUACGGCAGGACCUACGAGACCCCAGCGUACCACCAGCCGCAGGCGUAUACGCCAGCGUACCACCAGCCACCGGCGUACGGCAGUUACGAGCAGCCUCAUGCAUACAAAGCCAAGCCGUACAAGGAGAUCCCAGAGUGCUCCAAGAACUCGACUGGGCCCUAUUGUCUCAGCGAUGCCGAGUAUCCCUUGUAUGAAAUCCAAGACGCCAUCAAGACGCACAAGUACGGUUUCCUCGAGUUGUACGCAGAUGUCGCUGACCUCAACACCAAGAACUCCGUCGACCGCCUCAACGAGCUCGUGCAGGAAACCUACUUGUGCCCCUCCGAAACCAUCUACGCUCGCCCGCUCCGCUCCAUCAACUCCGACGGCAAAUGGCGCAUCAUCGUCAACAACGUCAAGGUCGACUACGACGAUUUCACGCAAACCGUGCGUCUGGAAACGUGCCAAACUGCUGGCAAGAAGUGCCCUCUGGUGCCGGACUGCUACGACACCAAGUGUGUCCAGAAACACGUGCACCACAGGUUCCUGGUCUUUGACGCGUACGAUCACUACUUCCCAUUCGCCAUCGAGAGCUUCAGGCUUCCAGCCAGCUGCGCUUGUUUCACCGAAGCCUUCGACAUCGAGCACUGAUGCGUUUCAGUUUCCUUUGCUGGAAUCUCGGUACGUAUAUAGGGAAUCUCGGAGCAAAAGAAAGAUUCCAACAAUAUGUGUCAAAAAAAGUAUUUUCCUCCUCGACUGAUUUUCAACCCCGCCUAACUGAGGCAUCUAUCGUCUAAACUCUUUUCGAAACAACGAAACCGACUGUGAUAUGGCAAGUGUUCGAAGGAAGCGACUGUUCGACCAAGAGGAAUUGAUACCAACAUCAUCAAUUUUCUAAAUUGGCAGAAAAAUAUACCCCUUAUAUGCCCCCAUUUAUUUUCUGACUUCGAAGUGACCUCGCGUCUGGAGAAUUCCAGAUUUUGUGUGGAGUUACCAUCUAUUUAUGGCUACUCAUUUUUUAUGUUUUCAUACAUUUUGCUGGUAUGCACAGCAUCUCGCGCCACUCUUCUAUUUUAUCAUGCUGCUGUACAGCACUUGAACAUAUUUUGACUUCUACAUAUUGAUUUGCAUUGUAUUUGUGAACCAUAGAACAAAAAGAAAAAAAAUGAAAAUAUAUUGAAAUAAAAUGUCCAUC